AGUAGUUAGCACCCAGGCUAACAGCUAGCGAGCUAAGGGCCGCUUCAUCCGACGCGACAUGCCCAGCUGAAGUCCUGCACGGAAAAGGCUGUAAACUCACCCAGUGAAACCACCGGCUGCUGCGAUGUCAGAGCCGAAGCCCCCGACUCCGACCCCUGGAGACACGUACAAGGGUUGGCUCUUCAAAUGGACUAACUACAUAAAAGGUUAUCAGAGACGCUGGUUUGUUCUGAGCAAUGGACUGCUGUCGUAUUAUAGGACCCAGGCAGAGAUGGGUCACACAUGCAGAGGCACCAUUAACUUGGCCACAGCCAAUAUUACUGUGGAGGACUCGUGCAAUUUUGUCAUCUCCAACGGCGGAGCGCAGACCUACCACCUGAAGGCCAGCUCGGAGGUGGAGCGGCAGCGAUGGAUCACGGCGCUGGAGCUGGCCAAAGCAAAGGCCGUCCGUAUGCAGGCCGAAUCUGACGACUCCGGUGACGAUUGUCCCACAGCUCCACCCAGCGCAGGACAGGGGGGAGGCGGCCGUAACUCAGAAAUCCAGUCCACACUGCGAACAAUGGGCAGCAAGGUGGAGGACCUCACCACCUGCAAUGAUCUCAUUGUCAAGCAUGGCUCUGCCCUUCAAAGGUCUUUGUCAGAGCUGGAGGGGAUUCGUGUUGGAGGGGACAUGGGGGAAAAGAUCAGACAAGUUACAGAGAGGGCCACGCUGUUCCGAAUCACCUCUAAUGCCAUGAUCAAUGCGUGUCGAGACUUCCUCUCCCUGGCCCAGACCCACAGUAAGCGCUGGCAAAAGUCCUUAACCACCGAAAGAGACCAGAGGAUACGGCUGGAGGAGACUCUGGAGCAACUGGCUAAACAGCACAACCAUUUGGAACGAGCUUUCAGAGGAGCUACGGUUCUCCCCUCUUCAUUCAGCAAUCCCGCCUUAGGUAACAAAGGCGGAGGUUCAGGAAAGGGAGAUGCCAGUGACGAGGAUGAUGACAAUGAGUUCUUUGAUGCUAUGGAAGAUCCAGCAGAGUUUAUAACUGUCCCUGCCGACCCCAAGUAUCACAGGAGAUCCAACAGUAAUCUCAGUGGGUUCAGCAGCGAGACCGGGAUCGACGAUCAGUCUGUGAAUUUUGAUGAACUGUCUAUGGCAUCUAACCCGGAGUCUCCUCAGACUCUGGAGCUAGAGCCAGUUCGACAAAGACGGACUCAUAUUCCUGACAAGCCCAACUAUUACCUCAAUCUGUGGAGCAUCAUGAAGAAUUGCAUUGGAAAGGAGCUCUCAAAGAUACCAAUGCCUGUCAAUUUCAAUGAGCCCCUCUCCAUGUUGCAACGUCUGUCUGAAGACCUGGAAUACUAUGAGCUGCUGGACAAGGGUGCUAAAUGUCAGAGUUCUCUAGAGCAGAUGUGCUACGUCGCCGCUUUCACAGUCUCCUCCUACUCCACGACUGUCCACCGCACAGGGAAACCCUUCAAUCCACUGCUGGGAGAAACCUUUGAGCUCGAUCGACUCCGAGAGUGCGGCUACCGCUCCCUAUGUGAACAGGUGAGUCACCACCCACCUGCUGCAGCUCAUCAUGCCCUCUCUGAAAAGGGCUGGACACUCAGACAGGAAAUAAGUCUUGCCAGCAAGUUUAGAGGAAAAUAUCUCUCGAUCAUGCCCCUGGGUUCUAUCCAGUGUUUGUUUGAUAAGGGCAACAAUCAUUACUCUUGGAAAAAAGUAACUACAACAGUCCACAACAUUAUUGUGGGGAAACUGUGGAUCGAUCAGUCAGGGGAGAUAGAUGUGGUGAACCACAAGACAGGAGAUCGCUGCCACCUCAAGUUUGCUCCCUACAGUUACUUCUCCAGAGAUGUACCAAGAAAGGUAACCGGAGUAGUAACUGAUAAGGAUGGAAAGGCCCACUACGUGCUCUCAGGAACAUGGGACGAGAAGAUGGAGUUUUCCCGGGUAAUGCAGAGCAGUAAAGGGGAGAACGGCACGGAGGGCAAACAGAGGACUGUGUAUCAGACCCUCAAAGCCAAAGAAAUCUGGAAAAAGAACCCUCUUCCAGAGGGAGCGGAGACCAGGUACUUCUUCUCCACACUGGCCUUGACUCUCAAUGAGCUUGAGGAGGGAGUGGCGCCAACAGACAGUCGACGACGCCCUGACCAGCGAUUAAUGGAGGACGGCCGCUGGGACGAGGCCAACGCGGAGAAACAGAGGCUGGAAGAAAAACAGCGCACGGUCCGUAGAGAAAGGGAGAGGGAAGCUGUUAAGGCCGUCUGCUCACCUGAGGAAGCUGAUGCACAGGAGACUGGCACAGAAGCAAGUGAGGUUUCUGAUGAAAGUGCCCAUCAAGACAACCACCAAGCGAUGUGGUUUGAGAAGAUCGACGACCCUGUAUCCGGAGAGACCUUGCACAUCUACAAGGGGGGUUACUGGGAGGCGAAGGAGCAGGGCGGCUGGGACAUUUGCCCCGACAUCUUCUAACCGCAGCAGAAUUGGCCCGUUUUCCCUCAGCGGUGUUCAAAUGAGAAGGUGGUAAGAAGAGACCCACCUGACAUCGGCUAAGAGUGUGGAAUCGAGCCUGACGUCAAACUUUCUUUAAUGUCUGUAGCUUCAACCGAUCACCUCAAUGUAGACACACUGCACAUUGAGCUUUGUAGUAACAUCGCGUCUGGUCAGUGCUCAGAAACCCUUCUCACUGCCUCUCAAACACUCUCCUUAUCUUUGUCUUCUUCUGCUACUUGUUCUCGCUCCACGGGCCUCUAUGGGCUCAGUGUUUCCUCAGAAGCACUAAUGUCAGGCAUCAUUCAUCCAGACGGCAUUAUUAUUGAUAAGGUUUGCUUAGACAGAGUGAGCCACAACCUAACAUCUAUUAAGUGUGAUUCUGUUUGUUGUGCAUUCCUGAUGUUUGUCCAAACGUAGAAUUCAUUGCAUAUUCCCCAGCACAGCACCACUGGGGGUCAAAGUUCAAUCCCUCUCCGACAUCUUUAAAAGGUCACACAGUGGAUAUUUUCCGACACCAGAUCCCGACCACAUCUGGAUUGAAAUGCUUUCGGUGGUUCUGACAAAAUUGAUUUUGUUUCCAAAGGAUGUAGAUUUGUCAUGUCAACAAUAAUGUAACAGGGUCUGCCUUUGACUAUAUGGGGAAUUGUGGUGCUUCAGCUCUAGAGGUAAACUACAUGUACACAUCGAUGCUGGGUAAUAAGUGUAAAAGACAUGAAAGUGGAUGAGAGAUGUGAAAGUCGCUCAUUACGAUAAUGCCCCUGCUCUCACUGUAAUUUGGCCCGAUAAAGUCUGGUUUGGUUGUUUUAAGAAUCCUUUAUUUUGAGUCUUUAUUGACUUUAGAUUUCAUUCUAUAUGCAGGUUUUGUUUUACCCUUGAAGAGUAAUUCAUUGAAUCAUAAAUAUUCUUUAUUUGGUGUUUUAAAUACCACAUAAAUUAAUAUAAUUUGUGUUCUCAUGCUAAUUUGUAUUGGUACCAAUGAAAAAUUUGAUAUUUGCAAGAAAUUGGGGGGGAGGAGUUUCAGCCCUGUUGUUUUUGUUUGUUUUUAUUGUUUUGUCUUUUUGCCUAGCUGUUAACAAUCUCCAUAAAUGCACCAGCCUCAUCGUAUUGUCUCAUAAAAUGUAUUCGACUUUCCCUCUAAUCCUUAAUGUUUAAGAUCAGUGUGUUAACAAGUCGGCUUCUCGCUAUUAACCGUUUUAAUUUCUGCUUUUCAAAGUACAUGUUGAAGCUCACAAUUUGAAUGUUAGGUGAUUAAAUUCGGAGCUAACACCGAGCCGUGUGCUUGAUGAUUCGUGAAGUGAUGUGAAUAUGAGGCAGACGUCUUUGGUCCUCCUGGUUUCCGUCAAACUUACCGAUCACAGCUUUAAUCUUGAUAUUUUAGCGUUUUGUGUGUGAAGAUGUUGAACAGACAGCAAUAACAGUGCCUCAGUGCAUUGAUAGACUCAUAAUGGCACAACAUGAAAUAUGAGGACAGUGUGAAGGUAAAAAAAAACAACUACAACUUCAAAACAAAACUUCAACCUCUGAAUUCUGUUUUUGUCUCUGCUGCUGUUUGUCACUGGAGUGGAAAGACUGUCUGAAAAUCUGAAUUUCAUUUUAUAUUCAAGUGUACUUAAAAAGGAGAAACACUGAAAAUGAAGAUCACAAAUCAUGAUGUUGCAAAUAUUUAUGUGUAAAUAUAUGAAAUAGUAAAGUAGCUGUGAUAUUAACUGGUUUUGUUGAUAGAGAAUCUAAGGGCAGCGAUGCACUUUUAAUUUGUUUUCUUGGUCAUUUUUAUUUACUCUGAUCCGGAUGCAGUUUCUUUUUCUGAGCUUUGCAACACGUUACCACAAAUCAUCCUUUUCCACAUAGGAUAGCUUUAUACGUUUAUAUUUUCAUCUUUGGCUUUACUCAAAAUUGAGGUAGAUAUCCUGAUUCUACAUUAUGUCCCUUCAAUUACAGAGAUUACAGUUUCUUUUCAGUCUUUUGAUACAAUAUAAUUUUAAUUUUUAACCAUUGGUCUUAAUUGUUUAGCCCUGUUAUCACAUUCUAUGUUUUAACUUUUAAGUUUCUACCUUCUUUUUCAUUCUUGUUAUUGUUUCCAGUCCUUUUUUUUCCGCACACAAAAAGAGACUGAAGGUGUUCUUGCACUUUAGUACAGUACAGCAGCUACUUAAUAUAUCCUAAUUGAUUUAACUGAUAAAACAGUCAGCUGUUGGUGUUCGCUAAUGAAGACUUUGUGAGGUUGUUUCAGAAACUUUUUCCUAAACCGUGUGCAGUAGUUCAAAACAUAUGUUCAUAAGUAAAAAAAUAUAUAUAUACAUAUGUAUUGAAAGGCAUUGAUUUCACCCUUUUUCUGUCCAUUAAUUGAGUUUUUAGCAGGAUUGUGUUAGAGGUUGACAAUAUUAAAGUCUGUUUGGAGAUGAAGUGCAAA